AUGUGUGAGUGUGAGCAAGAGGAGCACCUCGACAAGCAACAAAAAAGAAGUGGUGAAGCCUCACUCACCCGCCAAGCCUGGCACACAGCCCAGGAAAGCCUGUCUGCCCAUAAGAUCCUCCUCCCUGCGGAGGCCAAGAAAACAGCUCUGAAAGAGCAGGGAGUGUUUUCAGCUCAGAGCAUCGCUCAUGCAAUCACACAGGGGGCUAAAGAUGAGUUAGAAAAGAUCAGGGCCAUAUGGGUUUGGCUCUGCCAUAAUAUUGAGUAUGAUUUGGAGGGGUACCUUGGUCAUUCCCCGAAACUUUGCACCCCUGAGGAAGUCAUCAAAGAGGGUCGGGGACUGUGCAGUGGUUUUUCCAGCAUCUGUCUGGAUAUGUGCAGAGCGGUAGGUAUUCAGUGUGAGGAGGUGAGUGGCUACAGUAAGGGUAUUGGUCACUGGCCUGGGCAGAGGCUGGCAGAUAAGCCCUCGGAUCAUAUGUGGAAUGCUGUGUGGGUAAGGGGGCAGUGGGGGCUUCUGGAUGCCUGUUGGGGGGCUGGUACUGUCAACAUGGAAAUCAAAACAUUCAUCAAGAGGUUUGAUGAUUUUUAUUUCCUGACUGAACCGAGUGAAUUUCUAAACUCUCACUUUCCUGAUGAUGAGAACUGGCAACUCCUGGACACUCCAGUCUCUCUAGAGCAGUUUGAACUGAAGCCGAUAAAGACCUCAGCGUUCUUUACUUUGGGACUGACACUUCUACAACCCACACAAUACAAAGUAACCACAGAGGAUGGGGAGACAACAGUGUCCAUGAGCUCAUGCAGACCGAUGACCUUCGCCUACGAGCUGAGACAGCAGGACACUAAGAAACAAGCCACAGGGCAGCGCGAGGUCGACGGCUCAUGUGGUCUGCUGUCAGUGACAAAGCAGGGCAUGAAUCUGCGCCUGCUGCCGCCAGAGCCAGGGGACUAUGAACUAAAGCUUUUUGCUCGACCAGAGGGUGACUCUGGCACUCUGCUCUGGGUGUGCACUCUUGAACUGGAGUGUCCAGCUGUCCAACAGAGCCAACCUCUACCUGAUAACCCCUAUUUGAGCUGGGGCUUAGGGUCAGGGGCAGGUGCACUGGGGGUGAAAGGCUGCAAUGUACCUGGGAAAGAUGCCCUGGAGGUGUGCGAUGCAGGAGAGUGUGAGGUGGUGCUGCACACAUCUCGUCCCCUGAUGAUGGUCUGUGAGCUCAUACACCCUAAGCUUGACCCUGCUUUGUCUAAACGCUGCAUGGCACUGCAAAUCGCCGCAGAACAACUUGUAUGCAACGUGCUGUGUCCCUACAAGGGCUAUUACCGGCUUUCUGUAUUCGUUCGUGAUUACCACGAUGGAAGUGGAUCAUUUCAGAACGUAGGUAACUUCUUGCUGCGGCAUAAAGGAUUAGAAGUGAACCAGAACAUGCUGCACCCUUCAGAUCUUGGCCCAUGGUGCGGCCCAGGAAUUCGCACCCAAGAAGCUGGACUGUUCAACUUCAGCCAUACAAGAGCGUUAGUGAACGUGCCACAGGGGCGCUGUAAUAUCACGUUCCACUACACAUUGCCAGAGCAGCAAAUCCAUGCAGUCCUAACUGCAGAACAAUACCAGAAGGGCCAGGAAAAUCAGCCCUGCUUCCCACUGUCACGUCACAUCUUGCUCACAUUCACAGACAGCAAGGUGACGGUCAGCGUAUCCGUACCAGGACCUGGAGUAUACCGCCUGGGUCUGUACGGACGCACGGCGCCUCAGCAGGACUACAUACCGCUGUGCGACUACGUGCUACGAAGCGUGUGCGACAGACGUGGAGAUCCGUUCCCUUUUGUGUAUUCGGCAUGGAGCAAAGGGUGCGUGCUGCUGGAGCCUCGUGGCGGCCUGUUGGCGCCGCAGAGCUGGGUGCGUUUCCGAGUACGGGUGCCUUCGGCGCGGAGAGUAAACGUGCUGGCUGAGGAGCGAGCAGAUCUCGGUAUGAAUAAGAGCAGGGUGUGGGAGGGCGAAGUCUUUACAGGAAAUGUUACUCAGGUUAAACUGACCGCUGCCACUUCGGACACCAAUGACAUGGCGGUGCUCAUGACCUUUGAUGUCUCUAAUCUGGAGAGUGAAACAUGACAGGAAUGAGUUUGUGGGCAGCAACAAGACAUUUUAUUGGAGUAUGUCUAAAAUUAUGGGUUUUUUUUUCUUUUUGCAUUGGAUGUACAUUGUGACAUGAUUUUUAAACGGCAAUUAAGCAUUUUAAUACUGUUACCAUGAGUAUUGAUAUUUUAAAUGGUCAGGGUUUUGUCUGUACACUAUCUACAGUUGGUGUCUAAAGUUUACAUAUACUUGCCUAGGACGUCUUUGUCAUUGCAGUCUUUAAAGUUUAACUGAUUUCGGUUUAUUGGAACAUGUUAUUAUAAAUAUUAAAAUUUUCCCUAAUUUAGUCAUUCCCAAUUCCCUGUUUCAAUUCCACUGCUGCUUGCACCACCCUUAUGCUGGCCACGGAAGCCCGAAGACUAGCACCCGUCCCCUCUGACGUCUCCUCUGAUGUGAGGUCACAGGCUGCUUCUUUACACCAGCCAGCAGUGGAUUAUUAAAGAGAGCUGUACUGUGUACAGAGUCAUGCCAAUCUUCAUGUUGGAACACAUACUUUUGGUGUGUGUGUGUGUGUGUGUGUGCGCGCAAAUUUUUUUCUUCUUUUUUUAAUUUUGUCUCUCUUUUCGGUGUAUUGUGGAUUUUCUGGAAGUAUGCUGGGUAAUAAAAUAUAUAUACAUAUGCAAAAAGUUUCCACACUUUUAUAUUUUGUGAGGGCGGGAGGAGUAGUAAUUGGUCGUGUCUGAGAAACUUUCAGGAUUUAGAGUCAUCUGAUUUCCACCUUUAUGGACCGCUCAAAGAAGCUUUAUGGGGAAGAAGAUUUUCAUGUGAUGAUGAUGUGGCUACACGCUCAACCAAAAACACUUUUUGCUGAUGGCACUAAAAAGUUGGUACGACGCUGGAAAAAAUGCAUCGGAAGGUGACUAGAAAAGUGAUGUUAUUUGUUUUUAAAAUGAGUUUAAAAAGUGCUGAAACUUUUUGAAGAACCCUCGUAUAUGCACACUAUUCAGUUGGUGGUGUAUUAAGUUCUAUAAUGUAUUUAAACUUUGUGCAUAAUUAAAAAAUGUAUAUGAAACAGUGGUCUCUUUGUCAGGGUUAAAAAGAAACUGUUGGAGGAGGAAGUUUGUCUCUUUGGUCAGAUGUAAUCCAAGAAACUGCUCCAAAAUAUAAACCUUUAAGCUUAACUGAACAGGCAGAAGAAUGUUCUUUUUAUUCUAGUUUAUUACACAUUUUUGUGACAGUGGUAGCCGAGUGGGUAGAGCUUUGUGCUAUCAACUGAAAGGUUGAGAUUUUGAAUCCCAGCUCUGCCAUGCAGCCACUGUUGGCGCCGUAUGAUGGCUGACCCUGUGCUCUGACCCCAGCUUCCAAACAAGCUGUGAUAUGCGAAGAAAGUAUUUCGUUGUACUGUACACUGUAUAUGUAUAUAUGACAAAU